AUGGGGAUGACAGGAUGGCGAGGUGCCGCCGAGGAAAGUCAUCGCAGUCUGCGGCUCUUCACGCCCAACCGCGGGCACGCGCUCGCCGCCCACCUCGGCGCGCUCAAGCUCCUCGCGACGAUCGACACCGCCGUCGCGGACGCGGACGCGCCCGUGCGGGGCGCGCUCGAGCGCGAGGCCGGCGCGGCGCUCUUCCGCAAGCACAGGUUCGACCCGCGCGAGCACCGCACGUACGUCGAGCGUGUCUUCGGCCGCUUCGCCAACGCGCCCGUGCGGGAUGACGAAGUUGCGCAUGUCGGGCGCGAGCCGCUCGGGAAGCUCGCGCGCGCGGACAGGCUCUUGGGCCCGUACGAGAUGGCGCGUGGGCACGGGCACCCGACGGAGAACCUCGCGACGGGGAUCGCGGCUGCGUUCCUGUACGACGUGCCGGAGGACGAGCAGAGCAAGGAGCUGCAGCGGCGCCUGAAGGACAGUGGGGCUUUGGAGGUCGUCGCGGAGGUGACGGAGUACGAGGUAGGAUCGGAUGAGCACCGGGAGAUCGUGGGUGUGUACGAAGAGCUGCAGCGCAAGCGCGUUCUCACGCAACACCCACGACGAUGCGCGCAGGAGUAA